AUGGCAGAAGUCAAUGUCGAACCCGAUUUGCUUGCUGACGAAGAGGCCGAUCACACUGAUGCGGAUUCGUCGCUUGGUAACGAUGCGGCAUCGUCUACUCAGAGUAUCUCAAGCUCCAUUCUUGACUACAGACGAGAGAAUGGGAGAACCUAUCAUCGGUACAAGGAUGGCAAGUAUAAUCUUCCCAACGACGAAGUGGAAAAUGAAAGACUUGACCUACAACAUCAUCUGUGCCUCCUUACCUUUGAUGGUCACCUCGGAUUGGCGCCCCCAGGCCGCACUAAGUCGAAGCCCAAGAGUGUUCUCGAUGUAGGCACCGGCACCGGAAUCUGGGCGAUGGAUUACGGCGACGAGCAUCCCGAAACUGACGUGGUUGGCGUCGAUCUCUCGCCCAUCCAACCCAGUUUUGUUCCCCCAAAUGUCCGGUUUAUCAUAGACGACAUUGAUGAGGAGUGGAAAUAUUCUCAACCCUUUGACUACAUCCAUAGUAGGAUGAUGAACUUCAGUAUCCAGAACUGGCCCGCCUACUUCGCCAACGUCUACGAAAAUCUCAAUCCUGGAGGUUGGGUUGAGAUUCAGGAAGUCGGAUGCGAAAUGGCAAGCGAUGAUGGCACUGUAACAAAGGACACCGCGCUUUACAAAUGGUGCGAGCUUCUGGAUGAAGCAGCCGUCAAGCUGGGUCGACCUUUUGUCAAGUUUGAUGAAAUGAGGGAGCACAUGCUCAAGGCCGGCUUCACCGAGGUCGUUGAUAACCGUUUCAAGUGGCCAACAAACCGCUGGCCCAAGGACAGAAAGUUCAAGGAGCUUGGUACAUGGAACAACGAAAAUACUGGCGCCGCUCUGGAGGCACUGACAUUGGCGCCAUUCACGAGAGCCCUUGGCUGGUCUCAGGAAGAAGUCACCGUCUUCCUGGCUGACGUGCGAAAAGAACUGGACGACCCGAAGAUUCAUGCCUACUGGCCGAUUUGCUCCAUUUACGGCAAGAAGCCAGAGGCUAAAGUUAGCGAGUCGUGA